AUGGAUUUAUCAACAACAGCGAAAAUUCAGAUUACCAAAGAAAAUGAAUCUCGCUGCAGAGAGGAAACAAUGGAUAUCUUUGGAGUCAAAAAAGAUGCUAAGCGUUCGUUUUUGUGCAGAGACAGGCGCGAGUUUGGUGUUCUACAGUCCACGCUAGGCGAUUUACGAAAAGACAAUGAAACUAGAAUUCGACAUUAUGAGGAUGACAUGCGAAAUCUUCAAUGGGCUCUUUACAAUCUUCGCCUGGAACAAACUGGUAAGAAUGGCAAGUUAGUUCCCGAAAAGACCUCGGCAUUUGGGAGUAUGAAG